AUGUCAUCACGCGUUUCGCUGCGGGUGUACGAUGGCGAGGGCAUGUUGCCCGACAUUGUGCGGCUGAUUGAAACGCAGCUCAGCGAACCCUACAACAUCUAUACCUACCGCUACUUUCUGCACCAAUGGCCCCAGCUUUGUUUUCUUGCCUACAUGGACGACGCGGAAAAGGGAACGGUGCCAGUCGGCGUCAUUGUCAACAAGCUCGACCGGCAUCUGCGCGGCGCACGGAUGUACCGCGGCUACAUUGCGAUGCUGAGUGUCGAUCCCGAAUGGCGGGGCCACGGAAUCGGCGCGCAGCUCGUCCAGACCGCCGUAGACGCCAUGGUCCAGCGAGGCGCCCAGGAAAUUGUGCUCGAGACGGAAGUGGACAAUGCAGCGGCGCUGCGGCUCUACGAGCGCCUCGGCUUUUUGCGCGAAAAGCGCCUCUUUCGCUUCUACCUCAACGGAAAAGACUCGUUCCGGCUCGUCCUACCGGUUCCUGCGCAGCGGCCACAGCCAGCAGUCAUGCCGCCCCCGCGGCGCUUAAUUCCAUCCGAUACCAUUCUCUAG